AUCGAGAAAGACAGACAACAUGAACUUACCUCAAACAGAACAGCCAAAUGACCUCCAACAAUCAGAUUCAGAUAUUUGGUUAGAAGAAGAUUUCAUUGAAACCAGUACAGACCAUCAAGAUCUUCAAACCUCUUCUGCAACUCGAUUAUCACAGAUCGAAUAUGAUCGAAUGGCAGAAACAUUUCAUCAGGCAGGAUAUCGUGAGGGUAUAAGCGAAGGAAAGCUUGUAACACUUCAAGCGGGAUUCGAUGAAGGCUUUAGUCAAGGAUGCGAACUUGGAAAACAGCUUGGGACCCUCCGCGGACGAGCAUCAGGACUCCUAUCCUUCCUUCUGACUAUCACAAACACGGAAGACGAUAAAGAAGAUCCAAGAAUUGAUAGAGUUCGGAAGCUAAUUGGCGAUUUAAACCGAUGUGACCCGCUACCCGAAUGCUUAGAACAAACUACAGCAAAACUCCGUUUCCGACCAGAAACCGAACAGCUAGGCAGGAAGGAGAUGAAUGAAAACCUCCCUGAAAUUAAAUCUCGGCCCGAAGGCCAACAAUUGAUCAACCGGUGUGAACUUGAACUAGACGAAUUGCUUAACUCUAUCGGAUUCUUUGAAGCCCAAAAAAAGGUAAUGGAUAGCACAACUCAGCUCGAAAACCUUAUCGGUUAAUUGUAAGACGUACUGCAGUACACGACCCUGGACUUUGACUUGG